CGGAGUCCCAUAUCGCACUGGUAAGUCGGUCCACUGUUCUUAUCCUUCCACCACCACAUCAGUAAUCAGUAUCACCUUCCUUUUUACUCACACACACAAUUAUAUUAAUAAUCUCUCUAUCUCUAAUAAACCAACCUUAUUACAAAUCUUGGCCCAAAACAGAACACCCAUGGCAAUUUAAGAAUGUCAGGAAUCCGCUACACCUGUGUUUAUCAUUUUCCCCACACACACACACGCCGACCCGCCAUUGAUAUCUGAACUGUUCCUUCCUUUACAACAACACGCUACUCAAUCACACAGAAAUAUCUUUUCUUUUCUUUUUUUCUUUUGUUUUUUCUCAAAAUUUGUGAUUAUGCUGUCUCGAUCCUACUUCAAUCUGCUAAACCUGGACGACUACUCGACCCGGUCCCCUAGGCCGCCUAUCUCCGUCCCCGGAAUCGUUACCGAUUACGAGGACCCUAUCAAUUGCGCCCAAAACGACGCCGUCCCUUCUCUGAGGAUCAUCGUCGCCAACAAGCUCCCUUUAAAGUGCCACAGGGAAGAAGAUUCAUCCAACGCCCAAAAAUGGUCCUUCGAAUGGGACCGUGACGAAUUGACCCUGCAACUCCGGGACGGGUUCCCGCCGGGCGUCGAUGUCCUCUACGUGGGCUCUCUUCCGGUGGAUGUCGACCCAGUGGACCAGGACGACGUGGCCCAAUUGCUGCUCGACAAGUUCAGAUGCGUCCCCACUUUCCUGCCCUUGGAUUUGGUCAACAGCUUCUAUCACGGCUUCUGCAAGCACUAUCUCUGGCCCCUUUUCCACUCCAUGCUGCCCUUGACCCCCGACCAUGGCGUCAGGUUCGACAAGGCCGCGUGGCAGGCCUACGUCUCUGCAAACAAGAUUUUCGCGGACAAGGUUAUGGAGGUGAUCAACCCGGACGAGGAUUAUGUCUGGAUUCACGACUACCAUCUCCUCAUUCUCCCCACUUUCUUGAGAAAGAGGUUUCACAGGGUGAAGCUAGGGUUUUUCCUCCACAGCCCCUUUCCCUCUUCCGAGAUUUACCGGACUUUGCCCGUGAGGGAGGAGAUCUUGAGGGCCCUUUUGAAUUGUGACUUGAUUGGAUUCCAUACGUUCGAUUACGCCCGACACUUUUUGUCGUGCUGUAGCCGGAUGCUUGGGUUGGAUUAUCAGUCCAAGAGGGGUUACAUAGGAUUAGACUACUAUGGCAGGACAGUUAGUAUAAAAAUCCUCCCUGUUGGAAUUCACAUGGGCCAGAUCCAAUCAGUCAUGUCCUUGCCGGACACCGCUGAAAAAAUCAAGGAAUUAAACAAAAAGCACCAAGGGAAAACUGUGUUGUUGGGGGUCGACGAUGUGGAUAUGUUCAAGGGCAUUGGUUUAAAGUUCAUAGCUUUUUCUUUGCUUCUGGACGAAAACCCGGAACUCCGAGAGAAGGUGGUUUUGGUGCAGAUUAUGAAUCCUCCCAGGAGUCGAGGCAAGGACAUUCUCGAAGUUGAGGACGAGAUUAGUAAAGUGGCAGAAGAGAUAAAUCGGAAAUAUGGCAGUGGGGCCCACAAACCAAUCGUAUGUGUGAAUGGCCCAGUCUCGUUUCAAGACAAAGUCGCAUAUUACGCUGUGUCUGAAUGUGUGGUGGUGAAUGCGGUUAGAGACGGCAUGAAUCUCGUCCCAUACAAGUACACAGUGUCCAGACAAGGCUGUCCCAUGUUAGACGAGGCUUUAGGCUUCGAGAGUCCCAAGAAAAGCGUCAUUAUCGUGUCCGAAUUCAUCGGGUGCUCACCUUCCCUCAGUGGGGCCAUCCGCGUGAACCCUUGGGAUAUGAGCAGUGUGGCUGAAGCUAUGGCCUCAGGUAUAAUGAUGAAAGACUCUGAAAAAAAACUAAGGCACGAAAAACAUUACAAGUACGUGGCAUCUCACGAUGUCGCGUACUGGUCAAGGAGCUUUGACCAGGACUUUGACCGGGCUUGUGCCGAGCACUGCAGGAAGAGGUGUUGGGGAAUCGGGUUCGGUUUGAACUCGAGGGUUGUGGCUUUGGGCCCGAAUUUUCGGAAGCUUGCGGUGGAGCAUAUUGUGUCGUGUUAUAGGAACACAAAUAGUAGGCUUAUACUUCUUGAUUAUGAUGGGACCAUGACACCUCAGGAUAUGGUGGAUAAGUCACCGAGUGAUGAAGUGAUUUCGGUCUUGAAAGGAUUGUGUGGUGACCCAAGGAAUAUUGUUUUUAUCGUUAGUGGGCGGGGUAAAGAUUCGCUCGGGAAGUGGUUCGGGCAGUGUGAAGGGCUUGGGUUGUCUGCAGAACAUGGUUACUUCACUAGGUGGAGUAAAGAUUCUGAGUGGGAAUCUUGCGAGUUAGGAGUUAGUUUGGAGUGGAAGAAAAUUGCACUGCCUGUGAUGGAGCACUACACAGAGGCUACAGAUGGUUCGUGUAUAGAGCAGAAGGAGAGUGCUUUGGUUUGGCAUCAUCAAGAAGCCGAUCCUGAUUUUGGCCUGUGGCAGGCAAAAGAGCUUCUUGAUCACUUGGAGAGUGUGCUUGCGAACGAUCCUGUCGUGGUUAAGAGUGGACAGCAAAUUGUUGAGGUGAAACCGCAGGGUGUGAGCAAGGGUGUGGUUGUAAAGAAUCUCACACAAACAAUGAAAAACAGAGGAAAACCGGCAGAUUUUGUGUUGUGCAUAGGAGAUGACCGUUCAGAUGAGGACAUGUUUGAGGCUAUAGCUAAUUUACUUGUUGACCAUUCAUUGCCGGAAAAUGCUGAAUUAUUUGCAUGCACGGUUGGUCAAAAACCGAGCAUGGCCAAAUAUUAUCUGGACGACACAUCUCAGGUUAUCAAGAUGCUUGAAGCUCUCUCAGAUGCUUCCGGACAAAAACAGCCUUCCGUAGAUGAAAAGACUUUUGGAGAAGUAGAUGAAAACUGAAAGUUGGAAUCUGUCUUGCGAACUUCUGUACAGGCUCUCAGCAUUUCUUCGCAUUUGAAGACAAAAUGGAGUUGGGAUAAUAGCCUGGGAUAUUAGGGCGUAUUAGGUUUGGAUUUGAUAAUGCAAUUCCUAUGUUUAUGUUUUGCAGGUGAUUACGUUCGUCUUGUUUAAAGGCUAUGAUAAUAAUUUCUUUUGCUCUAAACUCAAGUUCUGUUUCCUAGGCUUCUCUUCAUGAUCUUAUCACAAAUUAGGUUUUGGCUCGUUAUGAGCUUUCUGUUUGCAAUUGGGUUUGUUUGAUUAGCAACUGUUGGGAUAGGACGGUGUCUAACUUGAAGAAAUAGUAGGUAAACUAAAAGGAGUUUGGAGAAAUUAUUGGUAGAUUAAUUGCUGAAGUUAUACAUGAGGCAUAAAAUAAUGUUUAAGGUAUAUCUCCGAAAAUUAGUAUAAGGGAUAUGAAUGUGUAAAGUUCAAUAUUCUUAUUAGGUUAGAUUACCUAUGCUAUUUAGGUUCUAAGUGGGAUAUAAAAAUGAUUUUUAUAGUUAGGAUUACUUAAAUGAGUUGGGACAUCGUUCAUACCUAA